AUGGAGGACUCUAGUUUGUGCCUUGGUGUAUCAUCAGCAGUUCCUGAUGCUGACGCCCAUCUGAGCAAUGCUGUCCUAAAUGGCCGCUAUCCCAUCAGCCAGAAACUUCACCAGCUUACUGCCCAGCUAGGACACGCCUUCCCUGACCUGCACCGCCCGCAACAGAUCCCUGAGGAGAGGGCAGCCACCCCACUGGACGAGAAGACCCACCACGCAGCCCUGGCCAGCCAACCAAUUAGCAGCCAGAUGGCCCUAUUAGCCAAUCAACUCAACCGGGACAUUGACGCGGGGGCACUGAGCGGGUUGAAUGGGCGUGUUGACCUACAGCAGUUCUUGAAUGGGCAGAACCUCGGCAUUAUGUCUCAGAUGAAUGAUAUUGAAGAUGACGCCCGCAAAAACAGAAAAUAUCCCUGCCCACUGUGUGGCAAGCGCUUCCGUUUCAAUAGCAUCCUGUCAUUGCACAUGCGCACACACACAGGUGAGAAGCCCUUCAAGUGUCCCUACUGUGACCACCGUGCAGCCCAGAAGGGCAACCUGAAGAUCCAUCUCCGCACUCACAAGCUGGGCAACCUGGGUAAGGGACGAGGUCGUGUCCGGGAGGAGAACCGCCUGCUGCAUGAACUGGAGGAAAGGGCCAUCCUGAGGGAUAAGCAGAUGAGAGGAAGUGGAGGUCUCCUUCAGACGGCUCAACCCAUACAGCAUCAUCAGCCCCAUCUGGGCCUUAACAACAGUGCUAACACCCACCAGCAGCAGCCAGGGUCAGCUUGUGGCCUCCUCACCCCCUCAGGCCUCACCACUCCAGACUCACUCUCCCAGCCUUCUUCUUCACCCAAGCCGGCUGGCGCACAGGAUGAACAAUCUCUCAAUCCUACUACAGGCUUCCGUUGUACCUUCUGCAAAGGGAAGUUUAAGAAGCGUGAGGAGCUGGAUCGCCACAUUCGUAUCCUCCACAAGCCCUAUAAAUGCACUCUGUGUGAGUUUGCUGCCUCUCAGGAGGAGGAGUUGAUCAGUCAUGUGGAGAAGGCUCACAUUACAGCUGAGACCACACAAGGCCAGGGAGCUGGUGGCGCUGGUGGCGAGAGAACGGCCAAUGAAUUUAGAUGUGAGGUGUGUGGCCAAGUGUUCAGCCAAGCCUGGUUCCUCAAGGGUCAUAUGCGCAAGCACAAGGAUUCAUUCGAGCACUGCUGCCAAAUUUGCGGACGUCGCUUCAAAGAACCCUGGUUCCUUAAGAACCACAUGAAGGUGCAUCUCAACAAGCUGGCCAUCAAGAGCAAGCCACCUCAACCCAGCGAGCAGGACAUGGUCUCUGUCAACAGCAUGAGCAGCCUGGCUCAGGAGGCUCAUGCCAACCUAUACUCCCGCUACAUCUCCUGUCUUCAGGGAGGAUUCCUCUCACCAGACAAACAGAGCCUGAGCGAGCAACACCAAAUGCUAGCCAAAGCAGGGAUAGCCAUAAAGGAGAAAGAGAUGCUGGGAAAACUGCUGGGACCUAUGGCAGCCAGCAUAGGCCAUGGGCUGGGCGAGAAUGAGAAGCGCUCACUCCUGGGCUGCCUAAACCUGGUGCCACCACUGAAAUCCAGCUGUAUGGAACGCCUCCAGGCAGCGGCCAAGGUGGCAGAAAUGGAACCCCUCAAUAGCUACCAGGCCUGGCAGAUCAUGGCACGUGGCAUGGCCAUGGACCGAGCAUUCAUGCCCAAGGAGCAGCCGCAGCAACAGCAGCAUCACAUGCCCCAUGGGCAAGAAGACGAGAUUGCAGGUGGUGGUGGCAGCACUGGGAGCCUCACCUCCUUUUCCAAGGAGAAACAUGACUACUCCUUUCCCACUGAGAGCUCAAAACAGAAGCAGCUCUCUGAAGCCUUGCAGGGAUCCAAGGUUGCUAUCAGCUCUAUGAUACCCAUGAAGGAGGACGGAGGCAGCUAUGACAGCCACCGUGACUACAUGUCUCACCAUGGUGGCGGGGGGGCAACCGCAGGCCUGGUGGGCUUAGGAAGCCCUAGUCUUGACUACAGCCUCUCAGGCCUGAAGGAGAAGCCCACAGAGUGCCCUGACUGCGGCCGGGUCUUCCGAACAUACCACCAGAUGGUUGUCCACUCCCGUGUCCACAGCAAAGACAGGAGAGGUAUGGAGGAGGCACUCCAGCAGCAGGGCUUGGAGGAGCGCCGUGGAUCAGCCAGUGACCCAGAGUCCCAGUCCAUCAGUCGUUCCACCACCCCGGGGUCAUCCAAUGUGACAGAAGAGAGUGGAGCUGGGGGAGGACACUCCCAAACAGGCAGUGUCCAGGAUGACAGCCCGCAUCCCUCAUCACCAUCCUCAGAUGUGGGGGAGGACCUGGUGAAGGCAGCAGGGAGCGUUCAGCCUUCUAUCACCCAGCAUCGAGAGAGGAGCCUGGUCUCGGCCUCUAAGGACUGCCCCUACUGUGGCAAGUCUUUCCGCACCUCCCACCACCUCAAGGUCCAUCUGCGGAUACACACAGGAGAGAAACCCUACCGAUGCCCUCAUUGUGACUAUGCUGGCACCCAGUCUGCUAGUCUGAAGUACCACCUGGAGCGCCAUCACCGUGAGCGCCAGAAUGGAGCCGCCACAGGCUCAUCAUCCAGCCACGCCCCCUCCUCCGAGCACAAGGACGACCACGGGAAGGCAACCAGUGGGGGUAUCUUUGCUCGCCCAGAUGUCCUCCGUAAUGUUUUCAAGGGUGUGCCCCCCAACCUGGACUUCAGAGGAGGCCCGUUACUUCCACACCAGUGGGUGGCACCUGGCAUGAUGUCACCGCGCGAUAGAGACCGUGAGAGGGAAGAUCGCCGCGGAGAUCGUCACUUUGAUUCUGCCUCUGUAGCUGAGAACAUGAAGGGUUCAACUGAUGCCCCAUCUUCUCUGGUUUCCACAGUAACAGAAAGCCCUGCCAGCUUCUCUGAUUUAGGCAGGGCCUACCAAAGUAUGAUGGGAAAUGGAGUCCACUUCCAGGGCUCCCUCCAAGCCUUCAUGGACAACUUUGUGCUCAGCUCUAUGAAGAAGGAUAUGAAGGACAGCCAGAACCAGAGCCCAGCCCAGCUCCAGACCCAGCGCUACUAUGAUAGCGGUGAGCCCAAAGCAAAGAGGGCUGCCUCUGCUGAUCCAGAACGAGAAGAGCGGGCUGAAGCCAAGCAGAACCCAGAACCAGGCAAGCCAGGUUCCCAGUACGAACCCUUGGACUUGUCCGUGUCGGUUCGGCCUGAGUCUGCUUCUGGUUCCCUCCCUGGCUCCUCAGUCACCAUCCAGGACAAUGUAGCAUGGCAUGGCUGCCUCUUCUGCUCAUUUUCUACUGCCUCCUUGGAGCUUAUGGCUCUUCACCUCCAGGCCAACCACCUUGGCAAAGCCCAGCAGCAGCGUUUAGACACAGGCAAGGAGCUCCACAGUGAGGCCUCCUCCACCACUACUGCCCACCUCAGCUCCAACACCAAGACAUCUGGCCUUUCCCUUGACAGAGAUGUAGACAGAGAGGGAGAGAAGAGUCAAGGGGGCUGGAAUAACCACAUGGAUCCUCCCCACAACCCCUUCCAGAGUGACUUCUACAGACAUUAUGGAGGCCUGUAUGAUGGAUCAGCAAGGGCCAAUCAGGGCCUCCAGGGGUACAGUGCUCCAACAGACCAGGGAAUGGAUGUGCCCAGCCAAAUCCUGGGAGGAGCAUCUUCGACUGGGGACAACCAGGUGUCUGACAGAGACUCCUGUGGAGAUGCUGAGGAGGACCAAGCUGGCUCCGAUGAUGAGGUUGUACAAGCUGGGGAGUGCAGUGCCAGCGAAACCCCUUCUGCAACUCCCAAGAGACAGCCACACCAGAAUCACUCAGAGGAAGAGGAUGAGGAUGGAAUGCCCAAAGAGGAGGAAGAAAGAGAGGAAGACAAAGAGGGGUUUAUGGAAAGAGAGGAUAAUGAAAGCCCCACCUCUGAGCAUCUCCAGAACCCCUCAAAACUGCUACAGGGGGACUCUUCCUCACCACCUCCACAGAGGAGUGCAGCCAGUUUGGCCACGUCUUCCUCUGCUAUGACUCCCCUCUCUCUGAUUGCCCAACCCCAGAACUCAGUCUUGUCCCUGGAGAAGCAGUGGCAGCAGGGCCUGGGCCUCCUGUCAACUUCUGGAGGUCCACCAGGUAUGCUGAAGGCUGAGCAGCAGACCCACCUAGAGCAACAGAUGAACAUGAACAUGCUGUCAGUCCUCAGAGCCUAUAGCACCGACAACCUCGCUGCUUUCAAUGGCUUGGGAAGCACCAUGGGAGGAGCAGCCAUGGGGGGAAUGAAGAGGCCAGAAGUACCAGUGCAUCUGUGGGUAGGAGAGGAGGACCAGACCAUGACCCAUGACCCCGCGCUGACCCACGACCCCAACCACCCUAACAACGACCUUAACCACCCUAACAAGCAUAACCUAGGCAACCCCGAGGGGCUGGACGCCCGCGCUCUAAACAGAGACUAAUGGCCUGCUCCGGAGCAAUACAGGAUGAUGAAGGCAAUGAUAAUGAGGAGGAGGAGGAUG